AUGCUCACCUGCAAACCCUUUGAGCGUUUCUCCACCUUCAAGUGUUUAGUUGGAGCUAUAGCGUUCCUCAUCCACAUUGCAAGAUCGUUUAAUGGCACUAACCCAAACAGUGAAUGUAAAGGUUGGCACAAAUGUAACUUACCUCGUACACAAGAUGAAAUGACUCAAGCAAAGCAUAUUAUUCUGCAAGAGACUCAAAAGGCCACCUUUGGGAAAGAACUGUCUGCCCUUAAAGCUGGUAAAUCAAUCUCCAAACAGAGUACCCUGCUAAAACUCAGCCCGGUCCUUGACAAUGGUCUUAUUUCAGUUGGAGGCCGACUCAAACACUCUGAGUUCGAGAACUUCGAAAAGACCCCAGUAGUUCUCGCCAAAGACAGCCACGUCUCCCUCCUGCUCACUCGGCACUACCAUGAGCAGAUCAAGCACCAAGGCCGUCACCUGACAGAAGGGGCAAUCAGGGCAGCAGGUCUAUGGAUAUUAGGUGGCAAAAGACUUGUUAAUUCAGUGAUCCACAAAUGCAUCGUCUGCCGCAAACUACGUGGAAAACAGGAAGAACAACGUAUGGCAGAUCUUCCCCCUGAACGACUUAAAACAUGUCCUCCCUUUAGUUACGUUGGUCUUGACGUUUUUGGACCUUGGACUGUAACUACCAGACGUACUAGAGGUGGACAAGCACAAAGCAAGCGUUGGGCCAUCAUGUUUACUUGCAUGAGUUCUAGAGCCGUGCAUAUUGAGGUGAUCGAGUCUUUGGAUACAUCCAGCUGUGUAAAUGCCCUAAGACGCUUCUUUGCACUACGAGGACCCGCUGAAAAACUUUUAUCUGACCGUGGGACUAACUUUAUUGGAGCUUCUAAAGAGCUAGGAAUGGACAAAACAUUGGAACAGUAUCUAAAGGACCAAGGUUGCAGCUGGGAAUUCAACCCGCCACAUGCUUCCCACAUGGGAGGCUCCUGGGAGCGCAUGAUUGGCAUUGCUUGGAGAAUACUGGACUCAAUGCUACUCCAAAGUAAGGUACAACUCACUCACGAUGUGUUGUGCACACUCAUGGCCGAAGUCACCGCAAUCAUAUAUGCAAGGCCGCUUCUUCCAGUCUCUUCCGACCCAGAUAACCCCUUCAUUUUGUCCCCUUCAAUGCUGCUAACCCAGAAAACUUGCCUUUCACCCCCUCCUGGAGAUUUCCUGGACAAAGACCUUUACGCCAAGCAGUGGAGACAAGUUCAGGCUCUUGCCAACCAGUUCUGGACGCGCUGGAGGCGAGAGUACCUACCCACACUACAACAGAGACAGAAAUGGACUGUAUCACGUAGAAAUCUGCAAGUUGGUGAUUUAGUUUUGCUCAAAGACAAGCAGGCCCCACGCAACAGUUGGCCCAUGGCUAGAGUCACUGCCACGUUCCCAGGAAAGGACAAUCAUAUAAGGAAGAUCGAGGUUAAGGUAAACGAUCAAGGAGGUGUAAAGACUUUCAUGCGGCCAGUUACUGAAGUUAUUCUUCUUCUACCAAAGGACAAUUCUUAG